CAUUUCCUAGGAUUUGGGAAGCUAUUAAACAAAAGAAGACGAGCAGUUGAGUGGAAAGCGAUCCGUUGGUUUUGCUUUUCAGCAAUGAGUAGUUCGUCUUCUGGUACCUCCACUCAAGGUAUAUGGAGAUAUGAUGUGUUCUUGAGCUUUAGAGGCAAAGAUACUCGGAAAGGAUUCACCAGCCACCUUUACUCCGCCUUAAAAGAUGCAGGGAUCAAUGCUUUCAAAGAUGACGAUGCUCUUCCAAGAGGAGAGAAGAUCUCAUCUGAACUUGAACAAGCUAUAGAAGAGUCAAGGAUAGCGAUCAUUGUUUUCUCGACGAAUUAUGCCAAUUCUAGGUGGUGUCUCGAAGAGCUUGAGAAGAUUAUGGAGGCCAGGGAAAUGCAUGGGCAGUUGGUCCUUCCGGUGUUCUAUGACGUGGAUCCUUCAGAAGUGCGGAAACAGAUCGGUAGUUUUGCACAAGCAUUUGCUGAACAUGAAGCGUGUUCGGAGGAAGAGAGGGACAGAGCCAUUAGGUGGAAGACAGCUCUUACAAAAGCGGGAAAUUUAUCUGGCUGGGAUCUGAAGAAUGUUGUGGAUGGGCAUGAGGCUAUACUUAUCGAAGACAUCGUAAACAACGUAUUGCAAGAACUGCCAGACGCAUACCUGGAUGUACCAACGUUUGGGGUUGGACUUGAAACUCGAUUAGAGAAGAUAAAAUCAUUGCUAUACCUAGGUUCGGAUGAGGUGCUCUUCAUAGGAAUCUGUGGAAGAGAAGGAAUUGGCAAGACAACAAUAGCUGAAGCUGUUUAUAACCGUUUCUUUCACGCCUUUGAAGGGAGAAGUUUUCUUGCGAACGUGAGUGGAGAUUUCUGGCAACUGAAGGAUCUAAUUAGCUUGCAAAAGCAACUCCUUUCAGACAUUGUGAAGCAUCGAAACAUAAAAAUACGCAAUAUUCGUAUGGGAAUUAGUGCCAUUAAGAGAGCUUUAUGCAAUCGAAGGGUUCUGAUUGUGCUGGACGACGUGAGGGAUUCUGUGCAAAUAAAAGCACUAGUCAGAGAACGUCAUUGGUUUGGUUCUGGCAGUAGGAUCAUAAUAACAACGAGAGAUCAAGGUUUACUGCAGGACUUAGAUGGGGCGGGCAUUUAUAUGGUUGAGCAGUUGGAUGACAAUGAUGCCUUUCAGCUUUUCAGUUGGCACGCCUUUAGUGAUUCUCAUCCCAAAGAAGAAUUCAUUGAACUUUCAAAAGAGAUUGCAAGUCAUUGUAAAGGAGAACCCCUAGCUCUCGAAGUCUUGGGUUCUUUCUUAAAAAAUAGAAGUUUGGUUGAAUGGAGAAGCGCAUUUGUACAUCUGAAGAGGACAGGUUUUGAUUGGCUCUGUGACGACAAAGAGAAGGAUGAAUCACCCUGCAUUGCCAAAAGCCCUCUUCAAAAGAAGUUGAUGUAUCGUAAGUCGCUUCAGGCCUUGGGAAAUAAGAUUUUCCGGGAAGAAUAUUCAAAAAUUAGAGAAGUUGAUGUAUCUAUGUAA